AUGUUACACCGUUUCUCCCGUAGUGUUUUUAAUCAUAGGAUUAAAAACACUCGACGACAGCGAAAGUGUGUAACCACAAGAAGCCUAUACAACCCCCUCUGGUUUACCACCUCAUCGUCAGCGGCAGUACGUCCCGAUAGUUACGUCCCGGAAUGGCUUAGUGACCCCGUGGGGACGUUGCUUGCCAAAGCAUUCUGGGGUGAAAAACUGCCUCGAGGUGUAGGUGGCCAUCUCCCUGCAUCUGACGACAAGUUGCGCUGCUCUAUUCGAGGCAUCCGACACCACGAGAAUUUUGCCAGGUCCCCCGAGGUAACCCAACUUUGUUCCAAGCCGGAAAACGCUGUGUUUGCCAGAGCGCGCAACGCCCGGCUUAUAAUGAGUAACUUCAUACCAGAAAUGAUUUCGGAUAGCGUCAAACCGUAUUGUAUCUGGUACCCAGAUCUCGCCACGGAAGACGUAUACCGGGAGCUUGCUCUUCGGUACCCCGACAUGCGGUAUCAUGUCGGACGCGCUUGCGCUGUUGCCGGCUACACCACGCUCUAUAAUGAACUCGACAUCUUGCCAGACGUUUCAAUUGCAGAGGAAGCUAGGGAUAAUAGCAAAUCAACUUCCAUCUUCGAAUCUAUCAUGGCGCAAGAUAUUAAAUACAGGGUCAUGGAUGACUACACACGGACAGUUCAUCUUGAACACCCGAGUGCCGGAGCAUUCCUUAAUUGUGAUACUGCCGUGCGAUCAUCACUUGAGUUUCGUACAUCUGUCAAUGAUGAAUACAGAGAUGAGGAUUAUCACCACUACUUCGAUAUCCUAGAAGAUGGUAAUUUGGAUUUAGAAUGGUGCCCGGAGCGUCUACUUGGCUCUAGCCGAAUUGAUAGUAAGUUUGCCGACUUACUAUGCAGCCCACUCCCAAGAGACUUGGCCCCCAUAAAUAAGGAUAUCUUGAUCCUCAUGGCUGCCUGGGACGGUAACAUUGAUCGAUAUUCACGGCUGCGUCGUCCUAAAAGAGUUUCUGGGGAGAUUUCAGCCCUCAUGCGUGGAGCCCUGCAUCAUACGGCUUUUGCAAGGUGGCUGGAUAUGUGCAUGGAUGAGGAUUUCGAUGAAGAUGAAAUCGAAUACCUCCGACAAGCUGUUAAUGCGCGCUUCAUUAUGAACAACGACUUGAGUCGCAUUACCACAUUUACUCCCGGUCAUCUAUUACCGGAAAUCUUCUGGUAUCCGCAAUGGCCACAUCGAGAAACUUUGAGAGAGCUUGCAUGGAGGCGUACCGAUCUCCGGAACCAGUGUGCUAUCGCAUGCAUCGUCGCCAAUUACCGAGAUCUCUUCGAUGAACUUGAUGUCCGGCCAUCUCGUUCACAGUGGGAAGCAGCCUGCCAGAGCCCAAACUCUUACUUCCGCAGUAACAUAGAACAGCGCGCGGCUGCGGCUAGCAUCGACAUUAUGGUGCAGGGGAUGCGAUUUACAGACGGGUUUCCCGAAGAGACAACCUACAACGCCGCGUGUAUUCGACGAGAAAAAGAGCCUUCUGGCGAUGCGAGAAUGCCUGAAAGUCUCGAAUAUACAGCUAAAAGAAAACCCGGCAUUUUGUAUGGCUUUGAGGAAGAUGUUGAAGAUGAAGGGUUCUUCAGCGAACACGUGCAGCGGCAAAUAGCGUCUUGGGCUACGUAUAUUAGCGUAACGGAUGAGGCGAGAGAGAAGUUGCCGCCCGGCCCCUUGUACUCGAAACUUGAGGAUAUAGAACGGCGUAAGAGGCCUGCGCCGAUGCCUAGAGAGCUAUUUGUUAAGUCAUUUGAGGAUCUUGGUGGUGAAAUCGAAACAACUGGCAAUAUACUUUCGGUAGAAGAGCAGAAGCCCGCGGCGGAAAAGGAAGGCCUAAAGAUGUGA